AUGAUGCACAAACUGUUCAAACUGGUUACGCACCAGAAAACAUUCAGCACCGAAGACCUGGUGCUGAACCCAAAGGAGCAUCCCGAGCUGAAGCUGCACGACAUAGUCGAGAUCUACCUGCCCGAGGCCGAGGGCUGUCGGUUGCUGCUGCAGGUCACGUGCCUAAACAAGGACUUCAAUUCGCGCGAAACGAUCAGCGUCGAGGUGAAUGUGGCCACCACGUUCAACCUGAAGGCCUACAGUGAUGUGUAUCUGCGGGUGAUCGACCCGGCCGACGUGGCCCUUGACUCGGUGGAGAUCACGUUCAAGGACCAGUACAUUGGCCGAUCGGAGAUGUGGCGUCUGAAGACGCGCCUUACGCGUACCUGUGUGUAUCUGCACAAGAAGAUCGAGUACUGCGAAGGCUGCAUCCGGUGCCAGGUGUACGAGAUGUGGUCCCAGGGUGAGCGUGUCGCGUGUGGCGUGAUCACGGACGACACGAAGGUAGUGUUCCGUAGCAACACCUCCAUGGUGUACCUGUUCCUGCAGAUGUCGUCCGAGAUGUGGGACUUUGACAUCUACGGCGAUCUGUACUUCGAGAAAGCGGUCAACGGGUUCCUGGCCGAUCUGUACAAAAAGUGGCAAAAGCUGGGCAGCAACCACGAGGUCACGAUCGUGCUCUUCUCGCGCACCUUCUACGCCGCCCGCAGUCUGGACGAGUUUCCGGCGCAUAUGCGCGACUGUCUGCAGAUCGACUACCGGGGCCGGUUCUAUGAGGAUUUUUAUCGUGUGGCGAUCCAAAACGAACGGUGCGACGAUUGGAGCACAACCCUCGUGCAGCUCCGGAGGCUUUUCACCGGCUACCGGGACGUGGUGCUCCGUUACCACGAACGACCGGCCGGUGAGCAGGCAGUGGGCGGAGCGACGGUGCGCAUACCGCCGGCCACCAACUCGACCGCAGCCCAGGGCAACUUUCUGGAGGUGCUCAACAUCUCGCUGAACGUUUUCGAGAAGCACUACCUCGACCGGAGCUUCGAUCGUACGGGUCAGCUCUCGGUGGUCAUUACGCCCGGUGUCGGCGUGUUUGAAGUAGACCGCGAGCUGACCAACAUCACCAAGCAGCGCAUCAUCGACAACGGUGUCGGCAGUGAUCUGGUGUGCGUCGGCGAACAGCCGCUCCACGCCGUACCGUUGCUCAAGUUCCACAACAAAGACACGCACACGUCGAUCGAUGACUACUCGAUGCCGCACUGGAUCAACCUGAGCUUCUACUCCACCAACAAGAAGAUCGCCUGCUCGACGUUCGUGCCGCGCAUCAAACCCCCGCCAGCGAUCGGUGGCAGCACGACCGAGCCGCAAAACCACCCGGCCCUGCCCCUUCCCGGUGCCGACGGAACGGCCGCCGGUCGGCUGAGGUUACCGAAAACGCCGGUGGACAAGACACACGAGUACAUCCACAACUGUCUGUUCGAUUACGAUGCGUACGACGAUCAGAUCUUUCAGCUGCCGCCGGCCCACGGAACGAGCUCGUUGCAGCGGAUGGCGCGGACGAAGAAAACGUCCGUCCCGAGCCUGGAUGGGUUCGGGACGUACGCGCGGACCUGCGAAUGGGAAGCGGAUGCGAUCGGGGCCGCUUCGAGGUUGCGCCGAAAGAUGUCCGAUCCGGACAUUCACCACACUUCGAACAGUUUGCUGAACGUGAGUGUCGCCUCGCACAGCAGCUCACCGAACACGAGCGACAUCCUUGGGCUACCGAAAGUCACGGGGCCGUUGGUCGCGGUGAGUGGCGAGAGACGCAGUGGAGCAUUCGGUUCUUCCACCGGGCCCGUCGUUCGUACCGGGCGCGCCCUAAUCAAUCCGUUCGAUCCUUCGCACGUCACCAUCAAGCUAACCUCAAACCGACGCCGUUGGACGCACAUCUUUCCCAAGGGGCCAGAAGGCGUGUUGAUCCAACAGCACCACUACCAGGCGGUACCUGCCGCUACGCAGCCAACGAGUUACUUUGUCGAUCUUGACUCGAGCAGUGACUACGCGCACACGUCCUCGUGCACCUGGGGCCGGGUGCGACACAGCAGCACCACGUCUUUCGACAGUCGGCUCAAUGAGGACGAUUUGAAGUGGAUUACCGAAAACGGGGGAAAUCGGAAAAAGUCAAUCCUACAUUCACCCGCCGGUCCGCACGUGCCGGUAACGCCAUCGAAAAGUCUCACCCUGCUGUGGGGUGCGACCGGGGAGCAGGAGUGGACACCGGCCCUGACGACAGCCGGAAGAGUGAUCAUAGGAGUCGACUGGAAGUCGCUUACGAUUCCGGCCUGCCUACCGAUCACGACCGACUACUUCCCGGACAAGCGGUCCCUGCACAACGAUUACGUCGUGUCGGACUACACACUGCUGCCGGAGGACUUCAACGCCGACUACGCCCAGAAUCGGGCCGUCUACAAGAAGCCCCUCUCGACGGACGAAGUGUUCAAGGAACUCGUUUCGCAGCGACUCGCGCAGGGCUUUCAGCUGAUCGUGCUGCCCGACAAAAGUGCCACCAACCCACCGCAGGCACCGUGCUGCGGGGGCCACUUGCAGCCCGCUUCGUACUUCUCAAGCCCAGCGUCGUCCAGUGUGCUGCGGAGGCAACCGCCACAGGAAGCCACCAAGGAGUAUCUGCUCUCGAUCGGUCGUAUCUUCCAUCGCAUCACGCUCAGCGGUUCGGCCAUCACCGUCACACGCUACCGACCACGCCACCCGUACCCGCCGAUCAACGUUGACUAUCGGUACCGGUUCCACGCACCCCAGCACGAUACGUACGAGGUGAGUGGGGUGAACUUUACCACCGAAAAGCUGGAAAACUUCAACUGGAACUACAUGGAUCAGUACAUCUGUACGCGGGGCGAUACCGACUAUCCGCUGCAUGAGAACAUGAAGUACUGGCGGUAUCGGAUGUAUCUGCUGCCGAAGGACGAUCCGGCGAUGAAGAAAAUACUGGACGGCACGGUGCGCCGGUGCGAUAUCUACCACGAGGACAGCCCGUUUCCACCGGAGAAGCAAAUUUGCAACGACUUCGUACGGUUCGUAGAAGCGCACCUCAACAAGAUCAAGAAGAUACCGACCGCCAAAAAGUCCCGGGAAGGGCCACGCCAAACGCACCUCACCAGACGACGCCACAGUACCAGCAUCCUGUCGAGGCCACCACCCAGCCAGCAUGGUGGAUGGGUUAAAAUGUAUUAUAACGGCACUAGCAAUGGUAACCAUCAUCACCAACAUCACCACCACCACACUCCCGAACGCUUUUAUUUCCCUAGCCCUAUCGUCGGUAACAGCAUCCUGACACGGACCGGGUCGAAGGUGCUGGACAAAAGUGGCAGUGCCCUUCAGCAGGGGGGCGGUCCGGGGGUCACCACCGCGAACGCGGCGGGGCCGGCAACUCCGACCGGGCCACCACUCACGGUCAGUUCGAUCGGCGGCAAAACGACGGUCGACGGGAUACCGCUGUCGACGCUCAACUCGGCCACCGAACAGGGACUGCCGGAGGAUGCGGAUGAUUUCGGGGGCGAAAGCACCAAACUGAAGGCGACCGCCACGUUGCAGGAGAUUUUUGAUGCCAUGCGCCACCCGGAGCACGGUGUCGGGUGCCUGGGACCGGCCCAGAGUAUGCCGUCGUGCACGUUCGUGUCGUACGAUGCGAUCAACUGGCUGCAGAACCGGAUCGAGGGUCCGUGCAAUCCGCUGGAGAUUCUGGAAGAAAUGAGACGUGGUCGGUUGAUUUGUCACGCUUCCGGCGACUUUAACAAACCGGUCGUGCCCGGCUUCUGCCUGUACUACGUCGCCAAGCAGUGCAAGGAGUCACCGGAGUACGUGCCGCCGCUUGGGGAUUUGCCGGCGUUCGAGAACGAGUGGAUGGAGUGCGAGAUCCAGCAUCCGGAUCUGACGAAACCGAUCCUGCCACACGACCGUGGAGUGCCGGGCUUUCUGCGCGAGUCGAUCGACCCCGACGAGGACGACGCGCUGGUGGUCGAUGGGUCGCUGUACAAGCAGACGCACCUGGAGAUUGACAUCGGCAACAAAUCGGACCGCAUCGAGUGGGGCCACGCGCGGUACCACCAGCGGAUGCUGCCGGGGCACGCGUACGAGAUCGUCGUCCAGUGGAUUACAGCUUCCGGUCCGAUCGUGUACGAUCUCAUCUACGGCUGGUGCCGGAAGGCGCAACCGUGCGGCUUCCAGCUCGUCACCGUCCCGGCGGAUCCGCUGGCGGAACCGUUCACCGAAAAGUCGGACCCGCUGCGCGGCCCAAUCUUCAUCCCGCUCGACACCGAGUGCCUGAAGCAGCACCGCAGUUUCCUGUUCGAGGAGUUCCACAAGGAAACGUGGCCCAAGCGGUUGCUGCUGUUCCAGGAGGAGAUCGUCCGGCGGUUCGGCUUCAUGCGCUGCACGGUCGAGACGAAGACAGGCUCGAACCAGGUGUCGCUCGACUACCAGUACGUGCACUGCAGCGGCAACAUGUUCCUCCUGGUGCCAAACCCGAACCUGGGCCUCCGGUCACGCCAACGGUUGGCAUCGGGUGGGAGCAGCACGAAGAAGCCGAUCAAUCGCUACUCGGCGUCCUACGAAGCCCAGGUGGCCGCCCCGGGUGCCGGUGGUAGCGGGGCGGCCCCCGGUGGCCACGAACCGUCCUACAUCACGCGUCACGUCACCGGCAAGGGCAACACGAAGGAUGACUGCGACGUGAGCCGGCGGAUCGGGUUCCUGUGGUCCUGGAACCAUAUGAUACCGAACAAGAAGUGGAAGUCGCUGGUGAUCGCACAGACCGACGAUCUGUUCCAGCUGAAGAUGUUGCGCGAUUUCCGUGAGUUCUGCAGCAACACCGACCAGCGGCUGGUCAACUUUUGGGAGUCCUGCUGGGAGCUGAAGGAGAAGGCAUCGAUCGAACGUACCUGAAACACGUCGCCAACAGAACGUCGCCGUUACACAUUUGUUACCGCGUUUAUUCGUCUUUUUAUUGACACAAACUCUUGGAAAACUGUUGCGAAAGUGGGAGCGAGCACGAACACCAAAUACAC